AUGGCAUCUACGUCUAAGGAUACAAUAACAAGUGCUAAACCAGAGAAUGAACCUAAUGAUAUUGAACCAGGCGCCUGUUCGGACAGUAUUCUUAACCCUACAGAUUCUUUUGAAGAGUUUGUAUCUGAGAUGAGUUCCAGCCUCCAAGACAGAAACGCUCUUACUUCAAAAUGUAGUACAAUAAGUGAAAUACAAAGUGAAAUUGGUGAAAAUUCUAAAGAAUCGUUAAGGGAAACAAAAUCAAGUGAUAACUUACAAAACAAAGAUGAAACAAUGUCAGCUUCGCCUAGCAGUUCAAAUCUUAAUGAAGAAAAUGGAGAUGAAAUGGAUGAUAGAGAUGAUUACUUAAAAUCACCUGAAUUAGUUAAUAAAGAAAAACACGUUUUUAUUUUGAGUUCAGCUGGAAAACCUAUUUAUUCUAGAUAUGGCAAUGAAGACAAAUUAGCGGGCCUAUGUGGUGUUAUACAAGCGUUAGUGAGUGUAGUUGAAGAACAAAACCAGGAUAUAUUGAGAUCCAUUAGUACUAAAGAUUGCAAAGCAGUGUUCCUGGUUAAGGGGCCCUUAAUAUUGGUUGCUGUUUCUAAAUCAAAUGAGAGUGAAACACAACUUGUGCUACAAUUGACGUAUGCCUUCAACCAAAUAGUAUCCGUCCUAACAUUAACACAGCUAAACAGAAUAUUCGAACAACGUAGAAACUACGAUUUACGUAGACUUUUAUCUGGGGCGGAAAGAUUGAUAGAUCAUUUAUUGAUUUUUAUGGAAAAAGAUCCAGCAUUUUUGCUAGGAGCAGUCAGAUGUCUGCCUCUGCCGGAAAAGGCUAGAGAAAAUAUCACAAAUGCUAUUACGUCUACUUGUAAUAAAAUAAGGGAUCUAGUUUUCGCCAUAUUAUUAGCUGGGAAUCAACUAAUAACGUUAGUUAGAAUGAAAAAAUACACUUUACAUCCAUCGGAUAUACAUUUGCUGUUCAAUUUGGUAAGGAGUUCUGAGUCAUUUAAGACGGCAGAAAGUUGGACGCCUAUAUGUUUACCGAAGUUUGAUGCCACGGGAUUUCUACACGGCCACGUGUCAUAUAUAUCAGAGGACUGUCAAGCUUGCCUCUUAUUACUAACUGUUCAAAGGGAUGCAUUCUUUCCAUUAUCACAAGCAAAGCAUACAAUAUCAGAAAAACUAAGACGAUCGAAUUGUCUAGUUGCUAUCAAUGAUGCUUUGAAUAGAAAUAAAGAACUUCCAACUACAAACCCAUUAAAACAUAUAGCCAUACCAGAAAUAAGGCAUUUUAUGUACAAAUGCAAGUCUACGGCACAACUGUUUACUUCAGACCCAAUCAGCUUGGAUAGAUUACAGGACUAUAGACUAAAACACAUGGAUGGUGAUAUAAAAGAGAAGAAGAUAGAGAAAUUGUCAGAUAUCGAUUAUGUAAAGAAUUACAGAAAGUUUUGCAGUCAAAUUCAUUGUUUGACGAACCCGGCUAAGUUGAUAUUUAGGUCCAAUUCACAGGAUACGGUUUUGGCUUGGGUGACAAAUGGUUUUGAGCUUUACGUAACAUUUGAUCCUCUGAUGGAGAAAGACCAUGCAAUUCGAGCAGUCGAUAGAUUACUUCAUUGGAUUAAAAAGGAAGAAGAGAGGAUAUUUAUUAUGCAUGCACCGACUUUC